UAAAGCCCUACCAUGAAAGUCAAAGUAAUUCUCAGUGCGUUGCUGUUGCUCGCCCUUUCGACAGGAUAUGGCGAAGCCAACAACAUCAGAACUUGCCACAGUUGCCGAGGCAUCAACUGCCAGCGAACGGAACUGAAUCAGGAGCAAAAGUGCGUGGACUCCCUGGACUACUGCGUGGCCAUCUAUGAUAAAUCAGCUAAGGUUCUCUACAAAGGCUGCUCCCUUGAGAUUCCUUCAGAGCUGCGCAAACGAUGUGACUCAUCGAACGAUGGCUCCUGCUUUAAGUGCAACACGGAUCGCUGCAACAAUGUGGGUUCCGCGAAAUAUGCCUGUGUGCAGUGUAAUUCUAGCGAGGACACCAACUGCGCUGAGAACGCGACCUCGCUGAAGCCGGCGGUUUGCACAGCUCCAACGGCUUCCAAUUCAUAUUGUUUCGUGAAAGCCUCCGCUUCUGGCAGCAAAAUUGAGCGAGGCUGUGCAACAACUGUGAUUGAUCAGCAGAGCUGCCUCAAGGAUGCCAACUGCCUGCUGUGCUCGUCUGGAGAUGUCCGCGGCUGCAACAGCGUCAAUAUUGUAGUUGAUUCGAAUGCUGGAAAAAGUUUUAUUCGCUUUCUGCGAUAGUUUUAAGGCUGGAGUUCACUCAAUAACUUCUAUGUUCCUGACCACAAAACAAUAAACACUUCACAAGCUAUUAAGAUGAAAUAAAAAACGAAA